CCGAGUUUAGCUCAAACCCGUGUGAUUAGUGUAGCGCUUUGCUGACUCCGAUGGCAUUUCCUGUGUUCGCUGUGUAACAGCUGUGUGCGGCAGCAGCUGGAUGCUUUAUUCCUGAACCGCUACAUAGCUGCCUAACUUCACAACGCCUCCAUAACCGUCUUUCUUUAUCUGUCUCCACGGAAAGCACAGCGUUGUGUGCUCGGGUUUUUAACCUAACCUCGCUUUGUUUUCAGCGCUUUGGGUCGGUUUUAUUCAGCUCAAAUCUAGUCGUCAAGGGCGGGUGUGCUGUUGGUUGGCCACUUUAUUUUAGAGGACAUCACGGUUGUAGAUGAUCUCACAUUUUAAACCGCGCUGUUUAGUUAAGACUAGCAUUGUACUUGCUAGUUUAUUUAGCACUUUAAAUAUUGAGAGAACGUCUCUUUACAGGAUAUAACCGUUUAGGUUGAAUGACGUUAUAUUAGUCCUGUAAAGCUAGAUAACUAGCUAGUUAUCUGGCUACCGUGUGUCAGUGAGGAUAAAUAAAGUGAAGUGUGCUCUCGACGUGAUGUGGGGUGAUGGAGUCUUUUGGAUAUCAUGUUAGCUAGUUUGCUAGCCUGCUAGCUCCGUUGCCAUUUAACAAGGGGCCAAGUUGCAACAUCAACAUUGACGACAAGGAAAAGAUCAGGUUACGAAGCUUUAGGUUUCAUGCUAAUACCACCAUCUACGCCAUUGUGCUUGUCAUCUCGUUGAGCACUACGUAGCCGAGCCGAGUCUCAGCCAUAAAUCAGCACAACUUCGUCAUAUGCAUUGCAUUCUGGAACAUUGAGUCCAGGGUUUGCUGUCUCCAAUACUACAUUGAACUUCUCAUUAAUGUGACACCGAACAUCGCUGGACAAUGACUGACAGCCUGGCAGGCGGGAUGAAGGAGGAGAACCUGUUCCGGCGGCGUUUCUCUCUGUGUCCCACAGCCACCACUCCACCCAAAAUAGAUCCACGUGCUCUCGGCCGGAACCUGUCGUACGGAGGGGACAAUGAUGUCGACCCGAUCAGCCCAGUGGAAGUGCUUGCUCAGGUGGGUGUGUGUGUACAUGUGUGUGCAUGUACUGCAGGCAGUGAGUCGGAGAAGAAUGGUUUGCCUUUACCGAGAGAUGAGGUCAGCCCAGGCCAGUCUCCCAGCAGUGCUUCAGAAUCAAAGAUGUUCAUAGGUUUGGAGAAGGAGAGCUCCUCACCCACUGAAAAGCUGGCCAGGAAGGAAUCUCUAAAGGUUCAAAAAAAGAAUUACCGUCAGGAAAAGAAGAGGGCAGCCAAAGAACUAUUCAGUGCUCUAAAGGACCCCAGUGUGGUCAUAAUUUCUAACUGGUUAAAGAUCCGGGGGACACUGAAGAGCUGGACGAAGCUGUGGUGCGCUCUGAAGCCUGGGGUUCUCCUGAUCUAUAAAACCCCUAGCUCCGAGCACUGGGUGGGGACUAUCAUACUAAAUGCCUGCAAACUGAUUGAACGGCCCUCGAAGAAAGAUGGCUUCUGCUUCAAACUUUACCACCCCUUGGAGAAGUCCAUCUGGGCCAUGAAGGGCCCUAAAGGAGAGACCGUUGGCUCCAUUACACAGCCUCUUCCUAGCAAUUACCUGAUUUUUAGAGCAGCAUCUGAGUCUGAUGGCCGUUGCUGGAUGGAUGCGUUGGAGUUAGCACUCAGCUGUUCCAGCCUGUAUAAGCUGACUGCUAAGAGCUGCAGGGACGGGGACCUGAGCAGCUCCUCCGAGUCCUCCCAUAUACUCCAGCUCCUGCAGUCCACUGCACUUAGUGAACAGGAACUGCUACAGUUGAAUGACUCCAUGCUUGAAAACAACCAGAUGGAGAAUGAAUCUGAGAGAGAGGCCCACGAGGACUCGGAUAAUGCAGCCAAUGAAAACAGUGGGAGAUUAACUGAGGAGAGCGAUAUGGACCAAACGGAUGACCCUUUGCCCUGCCUCCAAGCAACACUGUAUGUUGAACAAGGCCAUGAGGAGAUGGGAGAGGCUGGUGAAGCAUCUCAGGUGGAGACGGUGUCAGAUGAGAAUAAAGGGUUAAUCUGGAUGUUGCUGAAGCAGCUGAGGCCUGGCAUGGACCUGUCCAAAGUAGUCUUGCCUACCUUCAUCCUGGAGGCGCGCUCCUUCCUGGACAAACUGUCUGACUAUUACUACCAUGCCAACCUGCUGUCCCGGGCAGUAACAGAGGAAAGCCCAUACUGCAGGAUGAAGCAAGUCUUACGCUGGUAUUUGUCAGGCUUUUAUAAAAAACCGAAGGGUCUGAAAAAGCCAUACAACCCCAUUCUAGGGGAAACAUUCCGUUGCUGUUGGCUGCACCCUCAGACUGACAGUUGUACCUUUUACAUAGCUGAGCAGGUAUCUCAUCACCCUCCUAUCUCGGCUUUCUAUGUGAGCAAUAAGAAGGAUGGCUUCAUCAUCAGUGGUAGCAUCCUGGCCAAAUCCAAAUUCUAUGGGAACUCUCUGUCAGCAAUACUGGAUGGGAAGGCCAGACUAUUGUUUCUAACUCGUGAUGAGGAAUAUGUCAUUACAAUGCCAUACGCUCACUGUAAAGGCAUUCUGUAUGGUACAAUGACUCUGGAGCUCGGAGGAAAGAUCACCAUUGAGUGUGAAAAAACAAAGUAUUCGGCUGAACUUGAAUUUAAAUUGAAGCCUUUCCUCGGCAGCUCGUGUAACGUUAACCAGGUUUCUGGAAAGAUCCGUAUGGGAGAGGAUGUGUUGGCCACGGUGGAAGGACACUGGGAUGGUGAGGUGCUUCUCUAUGAGAAGAAGACUGGCCACCAGGAGGUGCUGUGGAACCCCACACCUGACGUACGCAGUCAGCGGCUGAAGAGGCAGGUGGUGCAGUUUGAUCAGCAGGGACCCUCUGAGUCGGAGCGGUUAUGGCAGCAUGUGACCAGUGCCAUUAAUGCCAAGGACCAGAACAAAGCUACACAGGAGAAGUUUGUUCUGGAGGAAGCACAGAGGCAGGAGGCACGGCAAAGAGGAGACCGGCCCUGGAACCCACACUUUUUCAACCUGAACCCCAUCACCAACGAGUGGAACUACAAACACACAGACACUAAGGCAUGGGAUCCUGACUGCUGCCUGGUUCAGUUUGAGAAAGACGGCAUCAUCCAGACCAAAGAAAAGCCCCGGCGUCAGCACAACGGCUUCUCCUACAGCCAGAACUGGAGCAGCCAGCAGAAGGCCCAGGUUCACGGAACGCACAGGAAGUCGAGCAGCCAGCCAUCCAGCUGUAGUCAGAACACAGAAAGCAGCAGCAGCACACCAGAGCCAACACACGAAUCCUCUGACAAUGAAGGUUUUGGCAGUCAGUGUGCCAGAUGCAAUAAGGAAAUGAAGGACCUCGCACAAAUAGAGGCCUCUAUAGCAUCCAUACAGAAAUCACAGCAGGACAUUCAGAGAAAUCUGAGUGUGUUGAGUCGUGAGCUGACGCGACAGGCGGAGAGGAGUGCGCAUCUGAGCGUCCGUCACUUCCUCGUUCUGUGUGUCCUGCUGCUCUUCCAACUCCUCAUCAACUACGUCUUCAGCUGAGAGACCAUCAUCUAGUUGCUCUGAGACCAUCACAUCACAACUGUUGCCUAGCAAUAAACACAGUAAUAAAUUCCCAACACUACACAGCUCCUGAGGGUCCCACUGACUGUAGCGCCAGGCACUCAGCACUUCAGAAAUGCAGCGCGUGAGACUCUUUUAACCAAUGAAAUAUGGAGGAAAAAGUGUACCAUUGUAGUGCCGCUCUUGCUGAUGGAUGUGUAACUUAUUUUAUGCCAUUUUUCAGUUUCGUUGUUGUGUUGGACACAUCCAGGCUCCAUGGGCAGCUGUGGCAUGUGACUGUGAGAGUAUGAAUGAUUGUGAGCGGCACGUGUGUGAAUCAGUUUGUUUCCCACUCCAUUUAAAAUGUUGGGCCUUAAUGCUGAAGCCAAAUAGAAAAGUCAAAACAGAAGAAUAGUCUGUGAAAGAACAUGCAUCAGUGCAAUUCUGUGUGCUUUUGUGUUAAUGUCCGAUCAAACAAUAUGACUCCACUUAAAAUGUUAAAUUUACCAAAACAGUAUUCCUCAGUUGUUAAAUUGUGUUUACAUGUUUAUUUCCAUACCCUAUGCUUAACAAAUGCACUGUUGCCAAACGAUAAAUUGUACGGAUGAAAGAAUGAAUAAAUGCUACAUGUUCUAAUGAAACUAGAACGAACAAUCAGCCAUAGGCCAGAAUACAGAUCCUGAGGCUGAUGUAGCGUUUGGGUUGGUACUGGUAUAUUGUUGGCUUAUAUUGGCCUUGAAUUUCAAUGAAGUCUUUUAUAAGGAAUAUGACGAGGCUUCUGUGAUCAUGUGUGUGUAUAUAUUUGUUUGGAACACAAUGCCAUUUUAAAUGAAAUCGAGAAUGUAUUUAUUAGAUUCUUCCUUUUUUGUAAUCAUGCUAUUUUAAAAAAAAAUUAUGCAUCACAUUCAUUCAGGUUUUCUGGGAGCAAUAUGGUCAUUGUUCUUCCGCAGAAAGUGUGGAACGGUGAGACAGGGAUAUAGAUGGCCAGCUGUUCUCUCGUCUGCCUGUAUUGUAUAUACACCAGAUAAACUGUAGAGCCCUGUUGUGAUUUGACUUUGAGCACACAAAUUUUCCAUUGUAGCUGAUAUCACGCUUGUUGAAAAACGCACGCCUCAAGUCAUCAUAAGGCUCCGUAAAUGCAGGAGUGGAGAGACAGAUGGCUAUUAAUGCUUGUAUUUUUUUGUUUGUUUUCUUUUUUUACAUUUUACAGCAGUCUGUAAAACUUCUAAAUGUAGAAAAAUACCAAUAGCUCACUGAAUGUCAGUACUUAUUACAUAUUGCAGCACUACAGUAAACUUUUCAACUUUGA